UAUUAGCAUAUAUAUAUGCUGCACUUCCAAUUCGGCGGUCGACUUGGGAAUCUUAGUGUUUCGCAUGUAGGCCUGUACAUGUAUGGUAGAACCUCCUCGUUGUAAUUAUUUCUUCAAAUAUGAGUUUCUAAUUUUCACACCUCGAAACUACAAUGCCUGACAUGAAUGAAAAUGCUGCUUCUGAUUUGUCAUCGAUUCAUCCUCAACUAACACCAGAGGAUGAAGCUCGCUAUGCCAAAUUGUUUGAACAGUUAGACGUGAAUGCAGAUGGCCGCAUUGAUGUCGAAGAUCUUCAGGAAGGUCUGGAAAGAUUAGGCGUGCACAUUGUACCUGGUCAUGCUCAGAAAUUUAUGUCAAAGAGUGAUCAGAAUAAAGAUGGACACGUUGACUUUGCUGAGUUUCUGCAGUACGUCACUGAGCAUGAAAAACAGCUGAAAUUAGUAUUCAAGCAUAUUGAUCAUAACCAGGAUGGUCACCUAGAUGUGCAUGAGAUCUUAGCAUCACUGAGAAAACUUGGAGUUUCUGUGAGUGAAGACGAGGCAGAUCGACUCAUGAAGAGAUUAAAAGGCUGCAAGGGUUGUGAAGUGCCAACACAUUUGGAAGACGAUGUGGAAUGUGUAUGCUAUAUGGAUAAGGAUGGUUCCCUCAAAGUUGAUUGGAACGAAUGGAGAAAUUACCUUUUGUUACAUCCAAGCUCAGACCUCAGGGAUAUCUACACAUACUGGAAACAUGCAACAUUCAUAGAUAUUGGUGAGACCCUCUCUAUACCUGAUGAAUUCAGUGAAGAUGAAAAGGAGACUGGUAGAUGGUGGCGUAUUCUCCUUGCUGGAGGAGCAGCAGGAGCUGUCUCGAGGACCGUUACUGCACCAUUAGACAGACUAAAAGUCAUCUUCCAGGUCAUUGGAUCUAAGAAGCAGAAUCUUAGCAUCACGUCUGGGUUUCAACACAUGUAUCGAGAGGGAGGUUUAAUGUCAAUGUGGAGAGGCAAUGGCAUUAAUGUACUUAAGAUUGCACCAGAAACAGCCCUGAAGUUUUUUGCCUAUGAGCAUUUGAAGAAGUUGCUUGGAAUUGAAGGUAGAGAGUUACGGAUGCACCAUCGUUUUAUGGCAGGUUCUAUGGCUGGUGUCUUCUCGCAGACAGUGAUCUAUCCCAUGGAAGUACUGAAGACACGAUUAGCUAUCAGGAAAACUGGUCAGUACAAAGGUAUUUUAGACUGUGCACUGAAGGUGUAUAGAAAUGAAGGAUUGAGGUGUUUCUACAAGGGCUACCUACCAAACAUUCUUGGUAUCAUCCCGUAUGCUGGCAUUGAUCUUGCAGUCUAUGAGACUGUGAAAAACCGCUGGUUGAAGCGCCACCAAGAGUCUUCUGCACCACCUACUUUGGUGCUGUUAGCUUGUGGUACCUUCUCAAGUACAUGUGGCCAGAUAGCAAGCUAUCCCCUUGCCCUGGUAAGGACAAGACUUCAAGCACAAUUGACAACAGGCAGUUCAAUGGUUGGGCUGUUCAGUGACAUUUACAGACAAGAAGGAAUCCGUGGUUUAUAUCGUGGAAUUGCGCCAAAUUUCAUGAAGGUUGCCCCUGCUGUAAGUAUUGGUUACGUGGUAUAUGAGAAUGUUCGGCAAGUAUUAGGUGUGAAUAAGUAGGCUGUAAAAUCAACACGUAAACAGUAUACUACUUUUCAUUGAUUAUUCAAGAACUAAAAGUUUGCAUCUAAGUUUUAGCAUUCAUUAAAAUCCUGGCAUAACACAGACUUACCGACAAACAUCACAAUAGUGAGAGAAAAAUAGUGCAGAAUGACAUGUAGUAAGGUUUUGAAUGUUAGUACUGAGACAAACAAAAAUGCACGUUUCACAUAACUGAAAUAUGUGUACAUGUACAUGUGAGUUAUAAACUGAAGGGAAUUAAAUUUAUUGAAAGUUUGCUAUGUUGACUUUUUUGCUGUCAGUGACAAAAAUCUAUCAACGUUUUGUUAUUGUCUUUCAAAUACUUAUCAAUGACACUUUGUAAAUGAACAUUCUAUACUGAAUGGUAUUACCUUACCCCAAACUUAUUAGAUGACUUGUUAUUUGACUUCCUAUUAAUUUUGAAACAGUGUUUGAGAAGGGAAUUUUCUAUCCAGCUCAGAGGUUUGUGCCUGAUUGAAGUACACAAAUACAUGUACAUGUAUGUACUUAUGUUGCCAAAUAGGAAGUACCGUAGACCUUGGAAAAGAUUCUUUAGUGCUCUCAUGGAUUACAGGUUUGCCCAGAAUUAUGAGAGCCUAACAUCCUUGGAUUAAUUCAUUUUUGACCAUAUAGAUACAUGUAAAUGAUGUACGUUUACUGUAGGUUUCAGUUUUUCAAUUUCCAUCAUUGUCAUACUUAUUUUAGCUUCCUGAAGUAUUUGAAAUCAGAAAACUUAGUUUAGCCAAGCUGAAGAUGCAACCUGACUGUAAGAUGUGGUAUUUUCUUACUCAUACACAAUAAAAACAAUGAUCAGUUGCUUCAUUUGUAAGAAUGAAGCAGUUCUGUGUAAAUUGGACUUGCUGGUAAACACAGGUACAUGUAAAUCAGUGUUAUUUCAUAGAAAACUUUGAAAACAAUGCACUGUACGUUCAUAUGAUUUUGUUUGAAAAUAUUUAUUUGAUUGGUGGAGAAUGUAGUAGGGAUGCAUGGGCAAAAAUAAUGUUAGGGAUCAGAGUUCUAAUAACUCUUUGAUGACCAGUAAUACGAAGUUGUUUUAACGUAAUUUGCCAUUAUAAUAACACUUUAAACCUGUUAAAAGAUGUUGUUUCCUCCAUUAUUUCUGGUCAGACCUUACAAUAGCGCUUAAAUUAGUGACAAAUUAGUGAUAAAACUCUCUGCUGUUGUCACAUUCUGAUUUCAAUACCAUCUCAUUCUACUCACAAAAAUUAUUUUUUUUUAGCUUGAAACACUAAAUCUUUGUAAGUAAAAUACAUGUAAUUACUGUAAUUGCCUAAUCUUUGUACUAAUAAGAUGGCAUUGAUUGAUACGCAGCCUUGAUUUCUGGGUUAUUCCAGAAAUUAGGGGUCCAUUUUUUGUGUUCCUGUCACAUCUGACACAUGAUCUUGUAAGUUAAGAACACAUUUUCCAAUUUCCAAGAGUGAUGUACUAAUGCAAAUUACAUGUACCUACCCAAAAAAAUAGUAAUGGUGUGAAAUAAAUUCCGGCGAUAUUUCCAUGGCAAAUAACAAAGGUCAGAUGUAAUAGGGACAGAAAAUGUCACAUUCAUGGACCUCUAAUUUCUGGAAUUACCCUACUACAAGUUCUGCUUCACCUUAUCACGGUAAUACUAAUGUUUAUCUUUUCAUUGUAACUUUUAUCAGUGCUACAUCUCGGAGAAAGUUGUUUCUGCAAAGCACACAUUUAACAUACAAACAUUUAUGUUUAAUGUACUAUCUGUUAGCUUAGGAGGCAGAAGAUGGAAGUACUCAUUGAAUAUACCCAUUCAUGUUAAAAACAAUUUCUGGAUUUUUUAAGGUGCAGUAAAUGUUUUGUUUACUUCCCUAUAGGUGCCUUGGAAGUUUGUUAUAGAACUCAGUAAGGGGUAAUACAUGUAUGCAUUGUUAGCUCAAACAUAUUUUUACUUUUUCUUGUAAAUUUGUUAACUACCAGUCAUUCCUGAUGAUGAAACUGUGGGGUUUUAUUGUUUUUUUAGUCAUGUAAGUGAACAUUUUGUUAAUAUUUAUAUUUUUUGUAUAUUAGUUUCA